AUGCCAAUUUCGUCGGUGAAAAAUCGAACAGCACCAGGUCCAGUCAGGAUAAGACCAGAACACCUGAAGAACCUUCCGCCAGUCCUCGUAAUCACACUGGCUCGGCUCUUCACACGUUACCUGUCUGAAUGCAAGGUCCCUACUCAAUGGAAUACAAGCAAGACCGUGCUAAUCUUGAAGAAGGGUGACCUGCACGAAAUCGGCAACUAUCGCCUAAUCUACUUGAUGUCUGUCGUCUACAAACUUUUCACUCGAGUCAUCCUAAACAGGAUUGACAGAACUCUGGGCGAAGGCCAGCCAUGUGAGUAA